ACAGUGAACUUCUACAUGAACCUGAACAGGACAGAUGUUUGUUCCAGGUUCUAUCUCCAGAGCUCGUGUCCUCCUGUCGUCUCUGGGCAGCUCCUCGUGUUCAGGUGCAGAACAGCGUCUGUGUCUUGGGUUUGGAAUAUUUUGAAAUCGUUUGGAGACUUUUGGAGACGUUCAGAGAUGGAGCUGUGGAGGGUGGGGCUGUGGAGGGUGGGGCUGCUGGUCUGGCUGUGGACCUCUGCAGGAGGACAGGAGCCAGAGCGGCGGUCAGUGUCCUGUGUCGUCAUGGAGACCUGUGUCCUUCCCUGCAGAUUGGACGGGGCUUCGCUCAUACUGAUCCAGUGGGUCAAAACUGACCCAGAUCGUCUGGUUCACGCUUUCCAGGACGGCACAGAUCAGCUGGAGAGGCAGGCUGAGACCUUUAGGGGGCGCACUUCCCUGUUUCCGGAGCAGAUCUCUGGAGGAAACGCCUCUCUGCAGUUGUCCCACGUGAAGGUGUCUGACCAGGGCUCAUACCUCUGUCAGACCUUCACCAGCAGCUCUGGAGGAAAGACCUGGGUCCAGCUGAGUGUGAAAGGUCCCGUGUCGUUCCUGCACUUGGAGCUUAAAGGAGACGUUCUGGUCUGCAGCUCUGAGGGCAUCUACCCUCAGCCCGCCGUGACCUGGACCCCUGACUCCGCCCACCAAACCCAGACGCGGCCAAUGGGGGAUCAGCUCUACUCCGUCAGCAGCUCGCUCGCCCUGGAGCUCCGCCCCCCUCAGAGGUUCACCUGUAACAUCAGCACGACCCACAGCUGGAAGAGCGCCACCUACAGCCUGAACCCUCCAGUGGAGAUGUCCUCAGACGUGACUCUGCCCUGCUCCUCCUCUUCUGCUCCGUCUGCUCCAGUCAAGAGCCUGAGUUGGACCUUCAACCGCGUCCAGAGCGUCCUGAGCCGGAGCGGAGCGGACGUGACCUACGGCGCCCCCUGGAGGCCGUUUGUGGAGCGCCUGUCAGAGUCAGGCGCUCUGAGUCUGAAGGAGCUGAGCCCAGAGCAGGAGGGCGAGUACCUGUGUGAAGUCCACACGCAGCAACAAAACUACAUCUCCAGCACACAACUGCGACGCACAAAGGAGACAGCAGAGGGCCCUGGGGCCCCUGCAGCUGUGAUCGGAGUCUCAGUGUGUGUGGUCCUCGUCCUGGCUGGAGUCGUGGUUUUCUUCCUGUGGAAACGUCGACAGAACAAAAAGGCCCAAAAUGGAGCUGCAGAAGAACAACAAACUUCCCUUGAGGAAAGAGGAGACCCUGCUGUUCUGGAGAACCUGCUGCAGGACAAUGUUGGAGCUCCUGAAGAGAUCAUCAGGAGGAGCUCGGAGGAGAUGAAGUCCACACUGACACAGAAGUUUAAGUUCCUCACAGAGAACAUCAGAGGAACCACAGAGAAGAUGGAGUUUGAUGAAGGCUUCAUAGAGCUCUGCAUCACUGUGGGAGACUCUGGACAGAACCACCAGGAACAUGAGGUCCUACACAUGGAGACACAGUCCAGGAGAGCGGCCGAUGAGACGACUGUCCCAUGUCAGGACAUGUUUAAACCCCGCCCACAUUCACCACAGCCAAUCAGAUUAGUGCUGACGAAGGGCGUGGCCGGCGUGGGGAAAACAGUGCUGACUCAGAAGUUGAGUCUGGACUGGGCUGAAGGCCGGGCCCACCAGGACCUCCAGCUGCUGUUCCCCUUCACUUUCAGAGAUCUGAACGUGCUCAGAGACACACAGUUCAGCCUGGUGGAGCUGCUGCACCACUUCUUCAGUCCAUCCAAAGAUCUCUGCAGCUUCCAACAGCUCCAGGUGCUCUUCAUCUUUGACGGUCUGGACGAGUGCAGACUUCCUCUGGACUUCGGCCGAACCCGGGUCCUGAGCGACCCCACAGAGUCCGCCUCAGUGCACGUGCUGCUGGUGAACCUCAUCAGGGGGAGCCUGCUUCCCUCCGCUCUCCUCUGGAUAACCACGCGCCCCGCCGCGGCCAAUCAGAUCCCUGCUGAGUGCGUCUCCAUGGUGACAGAGGUGCGAGGGUUCGCCGACCCGCAGAAGGAGCAGUACUUCAGGAAGAGGUUCAGAGACCAGGCCACGGUCGUCAUCUCCCACAUCAAGAGCGUCCGCAGCCUCCACAUCAUGAGCCACAUCCCGAUCUUCUGCUGGAUCCUCUCCAAGGUUCUACAGAAGCUUCUGGAACAAACAGAACCAGAGCUGCCCCGGACUCUCACACAGAUGUACGUCCACUUCCUGGUGGUGCAGGCCAAAGUCCAGAACAUCAAGUAUCAGCAGGGAUCAGGGGAGGACCUUCACUGGACUCCAGAGACCAGGGAGAUGGUGAAGUCUCUGGGAAAAGUGGCCUUUGAGCAGCUGCAGAAAGGAAACCUGAUCUUCUACGAGAGUGACCUGAGCGAGUGUGGGCUGGACGCUGCAGCGGCCUCAGUGUACUCCGGAGUGUUCACACAGGUCUUUAGAGAGGAGCCAGGCCUGUACCAGGACAAGGUCUACUGCUUCAUCCAUCUGAGUGUGCAGGAGUUUCUGGCUGCUCUUCACGUCCAUCAGACCUUCUACAGCUCUGGAGAGAACCUGCUGGAGACACCACACUCCUCUGAGAGUCCAGACCCUGAGGCCUUCUACCGCUCUGCUGUGGACCAGGCCUUACAGAGUCCAAACGGACACCUGGACCUGUUCCUGCGCUUCCUCCUGGGGCUGUCUCUGCCGACCAAUCAGAACCUGCUGCAGAAAACACAUGAGUUCAUCAAACAGAAGCUGGAUGAAGAGGGUCUGUCUGAGGAGAAAAGUCUGAACCUGCUCCACUGUCUGAACGAGAUGAACCACCACAGUCUGGUGCAGGAGAAACAGAAGAACAUGAGAGAAGAACCUGUGGAGAAAACCUCAAACAAAGAAACGUUGGAUGGGGCAGAGCUGCGUAAACUCUCAGAUCUGAGGAAGUACUCCUGUGACGUCUCUCUGGACCCAAACUCAGCUCACAGACGCCUGAGGAUGUCUGACCACCAUCGAACUGUGACACUUGUGAAGAUGAAGGAGGAGCAGAAGUAUCCAGAUCAUGAGGACAGGUUCACAGGCUUUACUUAUCAGGUCCUGAGCUGCACUGGCCUGAGGGGGCGCUGUUACUGGGAGGUGAACUGGAGCGGGAGGGGGUUUUAUAGCAGCGAGUUACAGAAAGAUCAGACGGAGCGGAAGACAGAGAGAGUGGAGGGCGUGUCCUCUGGUGAAGGGGGCGUGUCCUCGGGCAGAGUGGGCGUGUUCCUGGACUCUGAGGCUGGAGCUCUGUCCUUCUAUCAGAUCUCCUCUGAUGAAGAACUGUUCCACAUCCACACCUUCUCCUCGUUCUUCUCUGAGCCUCUGUUUCCAGGGUUUAGACUGUGGACUGAAGGUUCCUCUGUGACUCUGGUCGACCUGAGCUCCUCCUGA